AUGCCGGAGCCCCAGUCCUCUGUGGCCUCAAGCGGAAGCGUAGAUCGCCUCCGGAACGCCUUCGGCGGAGUGCUGUGCACCUUCACCCUCCUUCUCAUCGGCGUCCUCGCCUUCUCCAUCCGACUAUUCUCUGUGAUCAAGUACGAAAGCGUCAUCCACGAGUUCGAUCCCUACUUCAAUUACCGCGUCACCCAGUUCUUGUCAAAGAAUGGCAUAUAUGAAUUCUGGAACUGGUUUGAUGACCGAACAUGGUAUCCUCUUGGGCGUGUUAUUGGCGGCACUGUCUAUCCUGGUUUGACACUUACUGCUGGCACAAUAUGGUGGCUGCUGAAUUCCCUUAACAUCCCAUUGUCGGUGGAGACCGUCUGCGUCUUCACUGCUCCAAUUUUCUCAGUCAAUGCGUCCUGGGCAACUUACCUAUUAACCAAGGAAACAAAGGGCCCUGGGGCUGGUUUGAUGGCAGCAACUAUUCUAGCAAUGGUCCCAUCAUACAUCUCAAGAUCUGUCGCUGGCAGCUACGAUAAUGAAGCUGUAGCUAUAUUUGCUUUAAUAUUCACGUUUUAUCUAUAUGUAAAGACACUAAACACUGGAUCACUCUUUUAUGCGACACUUAAUGCUCUCUCGUACUUCUACAUGGUUUGUUCUUGGGGAGGCUACACAUUCAUCAUCAAUCUUAUCCCAAUGCAUGUUCUCUUGUGUAUCGUGACUGGUCGUUACUCUUCACGACUUUAUAUUGCUUAUGCUCCCCUUAUUGUUCUUGGAACACUUCUGGCAGCAUUGGUACCUGUUGUUGGUUUUAAUGCAGUAAUGACGUCAGAGCACUUUGCAUCAUUUCUGGUGUUUAUAAUCCUCCAUGUGGUUGCUCUGGUUUAUUACAUCAAAGGACUUUUAACUCCUCGACUGUUCAAAGUGGCCAUGACAUUUGUUAUUACAGUUGGAUUGGCUGUUUGUUUUGCUGCUGCAGCAAUACUCGUUGCAUUGAUUGCAUCUAGCCCAACAAAAGGCUGGAGUGGUCGCAGUUUGAGUCUGCUGGAUCCAACCUAUGCAAGCAAGUACAUCCCUAUAAUUGCUAGUGUGAGCGAACACCAACCACCAACCUGGCCUUCUUAUUUUAUGGAUAUCAAUGUGCUGGCCUUCUUAGUUCCUGCUGGGAUCAUAUCAUGCUUCUUACCGUUAUCUGAUGCAAGCUCAUUUUUGGUCCUGUACUUGGUAACCUCAGUGUAUUUCUCUGGAGUAAUGGUCCGACUUAUGCUGGUCCUUGCUCCUGCUGCAUGCAUUUUGUCUGGGAUUGCUCUGUCUGAAGCUUUUGGUGUCCUUACAAGAUCAAUGAAAUUUCAGCGUCCAACACUGGAUGAUGUAUCUUCCACAGCAGGGGAUGGGAGUUCUGAUACUCCUACCAAUUCAGAAAUGGUUUCGAAGGAAAAACCAUCCAAGAAAAAUCGGAAGAAAGACAGAGACUCAGAGGGAAGUUCACCUGUUGAUCAUAGAACUGAAGAAAAGCUUUUAGUACUGCCUUGUGGGCCAUCUGCUGUGGGCAUAAUGCUACUGAUCAUACUUUCUGGUUUUUACGUGGUCCAUUGUGUGUGGGCUGCUGCAGAAGCAUAUUCAGCACCUUCAAUUGUGCUAACAUCUCGUUCACAUGAUGGGUUUCAUGUUUUUGAUGAUUUCCGUGAAGCUUAUGGAUGGCUGCGCCAUAACACAGAUGUAGAUGAUAAGGUUGCAUCUUGGUGGGACUAUGGUUAUCAGACAACUGCAAUGGCAAACAAAACUGUUAUUGUGGACAAUAAUACAUGGAAUAACACACACAUAGCAACAGUUGGGACUGCAAUGGCAUCCCCAGAAAAAGCAGCAUGGGAGAUCUUCAAUUCCUUAGAUGUCAAAUAUGUGCUCGUUAUCUUUGGAGGGCUUAUUGGCUACCCAAGUGAUGAUAUUAAUAAGUUCCUCUGGAUGGUUCGAAUCGGAGGUAGUGUGUUCCCUCAAAUAAAGGAAGCAGAUUACCUUAAGGAUGGCAACUACCGUGUUGAUACUCAUGGCACCUCAACCAUGUUGAAUUCCCUCAUGUACAAGCUUUGCUAUUACAGAUUCGUCGAAACUGAUGGUAAGGGCUUUGAUAGAGUGAGGAGAUAUGAAAUAGGGAAGAAGCAUUUUAAACUUACGCAUUUUGAGGAGGUUUUCACAACCCACCAUUGGAUGGUUCGGAUUUACAAACUGAAACCUCAGAAGAACAGAGUCAGAGGGAAACUGAAAUUUAAACCUAGUUCAAAAACAAGUUCUAUGCGGAAAACUGGUGGAAAGAAGAGCCCAUGGCAAUAG